UUCUAGUUAUGCAUUUUUUUUUCAAUUCUUACGUCCUUCAAAUCUGAUUUCAUCUAGUAUGCCAGGUCUGGUCCCCCGAUUAUUUGAGCUAAGUUUAUUGUAGUACAACUCAUUUCUAAUAGUCUGACACACACUCAUUGAUACCAUGUCUGCUACUCCUGGCAGCAUAAUGAUCAAGACGUUUGGAGAAAUGGAUAAUGAUAAUGUUGAUGUCCUUAAGCAAGGUCAAAUGCAGAGCCAAGUCCUUAAACGAGGUAAAAUGCAGGGUGAUGUCCUUAAGCAACGUCAAAUGCAGAGCGAUAAAUUGACCAGACAAUUUAACUCUCCAACUAAGCCCAGCCCUGCUGUUGCUGGGGCUACAAAGGGUCAAAAUGAGAAAAAUGUGGUAGAAGAUGCAAAAAUUUCACCCCCUCGUGUCAAGCGAAAUAAGACUGGACCAAAUCAGCUUUCGUAUAAAAAAAACAAUGUAUCUGCAAAACAUGUCCUGCCUGAAGACUCUGGAGGUACUACUGAAUUGAAGAGACUGCUAACUCCAAUUAACUUAUUCGAAGACGAAUGCAUUUUCUGCCAUUCAUUUAGAACAAGCCAGUUCCAUAAGUCGAUGGUAUGUUAUCUAAAGGGAAGAAUUGUGUCCAUUGAAGAGGGCAACUCAUCAAAUGCCAUCUAUGUCCAUAAAAACUGCAUGGAGUGGGCUCCUAGAGUGUGGUUUAAGGGUGACGUUAUUAUGAACUUGGAGUCAGAAAUCAGACGUGCUUCAAGACUGAGAUGCGGAAGAUGUGGACUCCAGGGAGCAGCCCUUGGUUGUUAUGACAAUGAUUGCAAAAGGAGUUUUCACGUUCCAUGUGCACUUCAGAUUGCUUGUCGCUGGGAUGUUGGUGAACGUCAUGUGCUGUGCCCUGAACAUGUUUCAAAGACAUUACCAUGUGAUAAGCUGUAUACACGUACAACGGAGAAUGCCAAUUCUUCUUCCUUGCAUCAAAGCCAAUGCUCCUACAAAGAAGAUUCUUUCACCGAUUUCGAAGAGGAAGGCCAACAAUCUGACCAGCUUAAAACCACAAGGUCUUUCUUGCCUGUGGGCCCAUGUACAGACAAGGAAGGAAAACUUGACAAUCGUCAUAGGGAAAAUCAACAAACAGAUAAACUCAACACUUCUAAUGCUGCAUUAUUUCCUCAGAGCCCAUAUAUACACAAGGAAGUAAUUCUUGACAAUCAUCAAAGGGAAAAUCAGCAAACAGAUCAGUUUAACAUUUUGAAUCCUUUGCACUUGAGUCAAAGCAAAUGUUCUCCAAAAGAAGGAAUUUCCACCAAUAGCUCAACAGAUGGCAAACAAAUUGAUCAGCUUGAUACCUCAAGUUUUUCUUCCUUGCCACUGGGGAAACAUUUAUAUGAAGAAGAAAUUUGUAUGAAUUGUGAAAGGGAUGAUCAACGAGCACAUAAGCAUAACACGUCAAAUUUGCCCUCAUUGCCUAAGAGAUCCCAUCAUUCCAGCUGUCAUCCAGAUGAAGAAGGAAUUUCCAGUGUUUACAAAGGGGAAGAAAUAAAAGCAUAUCAGCCUGACACGUCAAGCUUCCCUUCUGAUCAGUUGGUUUUGCUUGGAUUGUCUUUGACUGCGUCAGAGAAGGAUUCCUUGCAGGAGUUUGCAUGUUGGACCAACGCGAGGCUGAUGAAAGAGUGGGGCGAAAAUGUGACUCAUGCCAUCGUGGGCAAAGGUGCUGGCACCUCAUGGAGCAGAUCAUUUGAAGCUCUCAUGGCCAUACUGCUUGGGAAAUGGGUUGUCCAUUUCGAAUGGAUUGCGGACUGCUCCUCGGAGAUGACUCGGCGUCCAGAAGCUUCUUAUGAGGUAGCACUCAGCAUGGAUCCACUCCGGACAAUCGACGGGCCGAAGAAGGGAAGAAUCCGAGCAACCAAAGGGGCAUGUUACUAUGUUAUCUGGCACUGGCAGUCAAUUGAAAAAAGAAGUUACAUUCCUGGGCAAAACCUGACUGCUGCCAUUCGAUUGUUCACCUCGCGCCUGCAGGCACCGAAGCUGUUCGCGGGACUGCGCUUCUGCCUCAGCGCCUACAUGGACCCUGACGGCAGACACCGCGUGCGCAACCUCAUCGCGGCUGCGGGAGGGCAGGUCCUGAGGGAAGGGUUCCUGGACUUGCUGCUCGGAGACUCCGACGGCUCGUUGGUGGGUCUGUACUUCGUCUUCGACGGCGACGCGCCCGGAGAAUUUUCCACGAGCACGCUGCGGAAGGAGGUGGAGGAGGCGAGGAAGCACGCGGCUGCGGGGGCGCGGGUGAUCAGCCACCUGAGGUUGCUUGACGCCGUCGCGGCGUAUGACGCGGAGAUCCUGGACCCCGCUGAACGUGAAGAGAAGGAUGGCUUCGCGUCGUAAAUGCGCGCGCGAGUAGGGAGGAGUUUUUGGCGAUUCAGUACCAGCAUUUUGUUCGGCAGAAGCAGAACAGUAUUAUUCAAUGUGUAUACUGAUCGGUGGAUAGGGGUCGAUCAGCGUCGUCGUAGGAUGAUGGCACCUGCUCAGAACAGUAUUAUUCAGAAAUGUGAUAGCGCUUGUUGUUAGAAAGUUGGAACCGGUUCUCGCUUGGCG